AUGGCUGCUGGUUCUUCCUCAUCAAUUACUAUAUCUGAAAAGGAUGCCACCCUGAGUGAGGAUGAGGUUGAUCCAUCCUUACUAACCGGCAUUGCAAAAAGAGUUCAAAAGCGAAAUGCUAGAAAGAGAAAAGUUGUAUCCACACCUUUUACAAUGGGUGAUAGUAAGAAGAAAAUUAAACUAAAUUUGGCAUCCAAAGAGAAGUUUGGUCACUCAAUUUCAAGUGAUACUCCAGCAAUAGCACCUGAACCUGCUCCUGCACCAACACCAGCUUCGACACCACCUCCUCUAACUGAACCUGCUCCAACUUCUGCAAGUGAACUUGCACUAGCACCUGAAAUAACUCUUACACCUGCACCACCUCCUACGAUUGAACCUUCUCCAACUUCUCCAAGUGAACUUGCACCAGCACCUGAAACAGGUCCUACACCUGAACCAAUACCUGCAACUGAUCCAGAGCCUGAACAUGCUUCUGUAAAUGAUGUUGAACCUGCUGCUGAUAAAUCUAUGAUUGUUUAUGAAGUUGAUGAUUCUAAAGAAAUAGAAUUGAGACCUGCACCUGAAUACUUAGAUUACCCAGGCCGAUCAUUAAUUAGUGAAGAUAAAUGCCUAUUCAUCGAUAAUGACCUGAAACAAUUUAAGGAUAAGUGA